AUGACAUUCUACACCCGGUACGGAGACGUGGGGAAGUUUUCUAUGAAGACCUUUACUUUCCCGGAAGACAAGCUUCCCGCCAUUUCCGGCUUGGCCAGAGUAACGGCCAAGAAGUCCGGGAGCAAAUAUCUUGCGGGCCUCUGGAUGGAAGAUCUACACAUUGGACUGUUGUGGAAAGACUCGAUAAAUUGCAAACUGCGACGUCCCCCCCGCUCUCGGGCGCCCUCCUGGAGCUGGGCUGCGUUGGACAGGGCCCUCGGAUGGAAAAUGGGUCGAUCCGAUUCCGACAUGCCACUGGCAAAGGUUCUAAACGCCGAUGUUAUACCAGGCCCUUCUGACCCCCAGAAAAGACUCUUGACGGGCUCUCUAGAACUGGAUGGAUGUCUCAUGACGUUGCAGGAUGCUGAGGAUCAUGAUGUUCUACGCGGCCCUUGGGGUAAUAACGGGGACUAUCGCACUAACUCGACUUGGUACGUGUCCGACUUGGGAGUCGAGUUCACCCGCCUGAGUAGGCUAUGGGUCCUGCCUAUCUUACUUGGGCGCAACGGCAUAAUUCGCGGCCUCAUUCUAGAAGCAACGUCAAAGGGCAAUGCCUCCAACGAGUUCCGGCGGUUUGGCUGGUACGAGUCAGUGCCUCAACAAAACCGCGUGCUCAAAGCCCUGGAGAAUCAGAACACUAUCUCUGUUAAAAUUGUUUAG